AUACCUGUGAAGCUUCGUCAAUCGGCCGUGUGGUGCGCAAAGAAAGUAAAGAAACGGCAUAUUUGCAAUGAUUUUUCCUUUAGUUUUUUAAUGAAAUUCCAAAGUUACUGUGAUUUCUAGUGGACUAGAAUGUGCGAGCAAUAUCUUCAAUUUAUAUCGCGAGUUAAAAAUUUCAUUGAAAAUUGUUCAUUUUAAAUAGUGAAAACAGUAAAUCACAAUUCAAUAGGCGUUGCUGUCACUUGGCUUCCCCCGGUCCCCUUCGUUUUUCCUAAAUUUCACACAAUUAAACUGUGCAAUGUCACCUGUCCUGAGGCUACUUUCGAAUAUUGACAUAAAUCAUCAAAUUCUCGGCAUAUGACGCUCCCAAAAAUCACAAGAAAAGGAAUACAAAAGGUGAAGGUGUUUCAUUAUCGUAAUAAGGAGUGACACAAUAUCAGACUCUCUGACAAGAAUAUUGAUACUUUCCAAAGGACUCAUACAUUUUUGAAAUGUUUGCCAAAAAGAAGAAGAAGCCACAAAUAUCAACACCGACGAAUUUUGAGCAUAGAGUUCACACAGGAUUUGACAAACGUGAAGGAAAAUUUGUCGGUUUACCUUUACAAUGGGCGUCAAUUGUCGGCAACAAUCAAAUACUCAAAUCAACAAAUCGUCCUCUACCGCUUGUUGAUCCAAGUGAAAUUACACCGACGGAAAUUCUCGAUUUAAAGACAAUUGUACGAGGACACAAUGAUCCGAGAAUUGGAAAAUUCAUGCCUGGCGAUAAAAGUACCGAGAAUGGAUUGCCAAAAACUAGCACAGUCGCUAGAUCAAAUUCACUCAGAUCUUCUAGUCCGCCUAGACUUAGGCGAGACUACAGAAAUAAUUCAAAUCUUCCUCCUUCCGUGCCGGAAGGACAAGAGAUUUCCAGUCCGGCUCAACUACAAGCUUAUUCAAAUUUCGUCAAAUCACACGGCUAUCCGGAGAAAAUGCGACAAAAUUCUCCGCACGUCGGACCUACAAUGAAUGCCAAUCACCAUAGUCUAAUUCCAAAUCUACAGAAUCUCAAUCCCAAUAUGCAGUCAUCGCCGAAUUUAACGCACAUGGGCUCAAAUGCGCCAAAUUUGUCACUGAAUUUCCAAAAUUUAAGUCCGAUUCCAAGUAUUCCAAGUCCGACGACAUUGAAUGCGAAUAUAUCACAACUACCCGAACACGAAUUACAAAGAAUGAAUCCUACCAUGACGGUGCCAUCCGGCCAAUAUAAUGGAAAUUUCCAGGUAAAUAAAAUGGACCCAUCAAUGAGAGAUCGACAGCAAUCGCAUAAUAUGUUACUUCAUAAUAUGCAUCCCAAGGUAUCACCAGUUGGAUCAAUAGCAUCGCAAAGACCAUUGAGCCAAUUAAGCUCCCACAAUGUAAACAAGCACUCUCAGAAUUAUGGCAUAACCGAGAAUCAAUCCUCAUUACACUCUCAUUUCCAUAAACCAAUAGAGAGUUCACAAUCAAUGCACAAUCUUUCAAAAUCCGCAACAUCGUCAACAAUUGCCAGCGGUAGUUCAGUACCAGAUCAAAAUCAAAAUAUGAAGAGUGCCGUUUCAUCAGGAAACUUGGCAGUUGUCUCAACAUCGGGAACAUCGAAUAAUGUCAAUAAACAAAAUGCCGAUCAGAGGCUUACACACGAACAAUUUAGAGCGGCAUUACAAAUGGUUGUUAGUCGGGGUGAUCCGAGGGAGAAUUUGGAGAAUUUCCUGAAAAUCGGCGAGGGUAGUACGGGCACAGUUUGUAUAGCCACUGACAAAGCAUUGCAUCGUCAGGUGGCGGUGAAGAAAAUGGAUCUCAGAAAACAACAGAGGCGAGAAUUAUUAUUCAACGAAGUGGUUAUUAUGAGAGAUUAUCAUCAUCCAAAUAUUGUUGAAAUGUACGACAGUUUUCUCGUUGACGAUGAACUGUGGGUUGUUAUGGAAUAUCUUGAGGGCGGAGCAUUAACGGAUAUUGUAACACAUUCACGUAUGGAUGAAAGUCAAAUAGCGACAGUUUGUUCACAGUGCCUUAAACCACUCGAGUAUUUACAUUCUCAAGGUGUUAUUCAUCGAGAUAUUAAAUCGGACUCAAUUCUUUUGACUGCCGAUGGUAGAGUUAAAUUAUCGGACUUUGGAUUUUGCGCACAAGUAUCGCAGGAACUUCCAAAACGAAAGUCUUUGGUGGGCACUCCUUAUUGGAUGAGUCCGGAAGUUAUUUCCAGGUUACCUUAUGGUCCAGAAGUGGAUAUUUGGUCCUUGGGAAUCAUGAUAAUUGAAAUGGUUGAUGGGGAACCGCCGUUUUUCAAUGAACCGCCUCUUCAGGCAAUGCGUCGCAUUCGAGAUAUGCCUCCGCCGAAACUAAAGAAUUCCCAUAAGGUGAGUCCACGUCUGCAGGGCUUCCUAGAGAGAAUGCUAGUUCGAGAUCCUGCGCAAAGAGCCACAGCAACUGAAUUACUGAAGCAUCCAUUCCUGAGACAAGCCCAGAAUCCAAGUAUUUUAAUUCCCCUGAUGAGAGGAGCUAGACAUACCAACUGCUGACGUACCAACGGUAAAAUGUUACAGUAAAAUUCAUUAAAUUCGAAGAAAAAAAAAGAAAGAAGUCACUUAUAGAAAGCACUCGUCAGCUCAAAUGUAAAAUAUUGCGUGACGAAAAUAAGUAUUUAUCUAGUAUUAGUCGUUUAUUAAGAAGAAAAAAAAACAUGAAUGCACCAUAUAUAUGAACAUAUAUAUAUAUAUAUAUUUUUAAGAAUAAUUUUUUUCUACCAAAGUUACAAGCAUUUACAAAAAAAGAAGAAAAGAAAUUUUCAAUAAGUACUCAUUUCUUUCAAUAAGAAAUUUUAUUUUUAAUUUGCAUUUUUGUAGAAUUUUUUUUGUUUGUUUGUUUGUUAAUAAUUAUUCACUGGUGCAUUCAUUUAUGACACAUUCCAGUGUGGUUUAAUCGUAUUACUUUUUUUUUUAAAUUAUAAGAUUUUUAUAAAAGAAAACAGAAAGAAAGUAUUUCAAACUUUUCCGAAGAUUAAUUACUUGUGUGCCUUUCGUUAAAAAACUUGUAAGUAAUUUUAAUCUUGUUAUUUAUUUUUAACUGAAAAAGAAAGUCACGAAAGUUGUUGAAUUAAAAAAAAGUAUUAAGUCUCGAAUGAAGAUUUAUUAACAUAGUUUCUAUUAUUCAAGUUAUUAUAGAAAUAACUAAUAAUAAUUACAAAAUAUAUGAAAAAAAAAGAAAUUAUUCGACAUUGAAACUUUGAAUUUUGAAUAAAUUUUGGAAAAGUUUGAAAAUUGUUAUGAGAUAUAUUCUACUUUGUAUAUCGAGUUACAAUAAUUACAUUUCAUUCCGAUGUGCCUUGAGAGAAAGAAAAAAAAAAGUAUGUACCGAAUUUAUUAUGUAAAUACUAAAAUUUUACAUUUAGUAUAUGACUUCAGCUUUUGAUGAAAUUUGAUGCCUUAAAGUAAUUUACACGUAAAAAUCCUGUUUUUGUCGCAGGAAUAAGCAAAUUUUUUUUUUGUUUGCUUUAUUGUAUCUUACUAUAUAGAAUUAUUAUUAUAAUAUAAAAAUGUAAUUUCCAAUGAAGUCACUUUCUAAUUUGUUAAAGUUUAAUGCAGAUAACAUUUAAAUAUAAUGUUUACCUCAAGAAUCACUAUUCACCAAAGUCAGUUUAAAUCGUUCAAAAUUAUCAUUCUACUUCAAACAUUAUUUUUGAUACUCGUAUAAUUAAUAAUUAAUUAGUUAGACAUGUGUUAUAUUUGAUAUAUAGGCAGCUCAUAACUAUCUGGUCAGAAUUUAUAUAGAAAAAAAUCUGCUGGUUAUUUUUAAUUAUCAAUUUCAUGUCUUUUAUUUCGAAAAAAAGUAAGAAAGAAAAAGCAGUUCUCUAAGACUGACAUCUUAACAAUUUAGUGGCAAAUUUUUUUUCUCUAUAAAAAAUAAAAAUCAUCAAAUUUGCCGAAAGUAGAAAAUUAUUUCUUUCAAAUUAGAAUAAUUUUUCGAACAUUUCAAAAAAAAUUAAAUAUCCUAAUUCCUUAGAGAAUAAAUUUUAGAUUUAUUAUUUAAAAAAAAAAAUGUCGAAAACAAAUGUUUCCUUCACUAUAAAGAAAUUUUACUAUUUUUUUUAUAAAUACAUAUCCACUUUUGCUUGAGAUUAUAUGAGUAUAUAUAUGUAUGUAUAUCUAUAUGUAUUUUAUUUGUACUUAAAAGUAGAUUGUAAAUCAUAUUUUUAUGAAUCACCACUAUCGCUAUCAUGAUAAUAAUUUGUCUAAAAAGAAAAAAUUCUGCGAUGAUUUUUUUUUCAAAAAUGAAAUUUUCUACAACGCUAUAAUAUGAUAAAGGAAAGAAACUUUUACACAUGUGGAAAUUUUUUUUUUAUCUUUAAAAUUCAAUCUGCCAUAUUGGCAUUUUUAGCCAACAAUAUAAUAUAACGAAAAUUGUUCACACUUUUAAUUUAAUUAAAUAUCAAUAAACGAUUUUUCUGAUUAAA